AUGCCUUUUUGCUGCCUGCUGCGCAUAAAAAGCGACAAUAGCCAUUACUAUCUGAGUGAUCAUGAAUUGGCAAUUCUGGCUCGGUUAGUGCAGGAUGAGCUGAAUAGAUACGCUGCAGAAGUGCCUGCACAAUCUGCUGAAUGGUGGUACCAGGAUGUCAAAUUGCCAUCUGACUGGAGAAUCCCGGCACCUCGGUUCGCUAGUGCCUCCUCAGACGAUUAUCGAAGUGAUUUAGUCUCUGACAGUCAGCCGGUAAUUACAGUGCCCUACCAAGUAAGCAGCGAGGAGCAGCUUGAAGAAUUUCCCGAGUAUGUUUUGGUACCGACUGAUGAGCUAAUCGAAUUGCCAUCGGAUGAGCUGCUCGAAGAUGAAGUUCUGCCGGUUGAUGAAGAUUUGUUGGACGACUUGCAGCUGAGAGCCAGGAUAGCGGUGCUGGCAAGAGCACUCAGUGAACGUGCCAUUCGCGGCUUCUAA